CCUAAAAAUAUCGCACUGUCAUUCACCGCUAAAAAAGAAAAGAUUAAGCUAUGGCGGAUGAACAAGAACAAUGCAAAGGAUCAUGCAAUACGCUGAACCUUCAGAACGGAAGGAGUGGUCGUACAGCUUCAAGCUCGAUCAUGGAUAGUUUUCCAGAGAAAAAGGAACAACACAAUGACAAGGGAACUCCAGUCAACGGUUAUGUCGAAGAUGACUCUGAGGGAGGAAAACCUGCUUCAAGAAAACGAACCAUAAUGUGGAUCACUGCCAUCUUUGCGGUUAUAGCACUUGUGGUUGGUGGAGCCAUACUCACAGCAACUUUGUUGAAUCGGAAAGAGCAAGUUACUGAGCGUUUAGUGGAAGUCAACUUGGAACCAGGUGACACUCUGUUGUAUCAAGUUGAGCAAGUCCUUGAAGUACGAAGUGGAGAGCUUCAGAGAGGAACACUAAGUAUCAUCGUUGCACUUCAAGUAAUAAACAAGACUUCAGAAGAGUAUUGGUUCAUUUUCAAGAUCAUCAGCAUUGAUACUGAAGGAGAAAACUUGGAAAAAAUCACUAACAUGACCCAGGGAAAAUCUUUGUAUUUUUUGGUUAAGGUUGAGCGCACCUCUAGGUCUGAGGUAAAGAAAACGUCAAAAUCCACCAAAGAAGAUGAGUCCUUUGAAUUAUACGGAAACCAAGAGUCAGAGGCAGACUUAACUCGUUAUGCUCGAGCCAUACUUACCCAGCUUCUGCCAACUGUUGAGCGCAACCUUUACGAACGUGUAGACGGACAGAAACCAGACCCAAAUUCCGAGCCAAAGCCUGAAAAAUCUUCCAUGUUUCCCGGAAUUGUGAAGAUGCACAGAGAAGCAAACACAUCGCAAAAUGACAAACUUUUUAUUAAAAACAAAUUCAAUCGGUCGGAUGUCACCAAUAUGACAUCUGACAUCGACUUGGACAUGUCAUAUGCUGAUUCGUCAGUUCUUAAUAAGAGCAACGGCGUGGUAACAAAAGGUGAGGUCCACUUAACUGAACAACUAAAUUUCGGAGAGCCAGUUCAGUUUAAGAAAGGAUCCACAGCCAACAUGAUGAACGUUUUUUUCACGAGUAAGGUUACUCUUCUUGAUGAUGAGAAGUAUCGGAAAAGUUAUCUUGAAGACGAGGAACUAGCAGAUGUUGAUGUUCGUGAUUUCGUCAAACUAGUUGCACCAAAAUCUGACCAAAAUUUCAGGGUGAAAACCUCUGAGAGAGAGGCUCUGAAUAAGCCUUCGGCUGAUUCAAACGAAAUGAAUAGCACGUCCGCUGACGAUGAGCGAGAGACAAACUUGACAACAGCAGCGCACGACCCAAGACACCGGCGAAGUCGCAGACAAAACUUUGUUCAAAAAUUCCUUAAUGCUCCUCGACAGAGAACGUUCACACUCUUUGAGAAAAAAGUUAUAGGCAUAGAUGUGAAAGUGAAAACCACUGUUCGAAUUGAAUCAAUUAAAAAGCUAGUCAACCUGAAGCUUGAAAAGACCGAGGUGUAUUUAACUCUGCAGUUUGGAGCCAGUGUAACAGUGCCACUUCUCCGAAAAUCCAUUGACACCACCAAGAAAGAAACAAAGAGGAUAAAUGGACUGAACAUCGGAGUUGUAAGUGCUUAAAUUUAAAAUGUCGAUGUUAGAUCGGGCCUCUAUUUCGGCAGGUUUUUUCGGGGAGCAAACUCACGGUUUGCGAAAAACAAGGUCGAUAAAACCACUAGCAUGGAAGAAAGUAAAUUGCACCAUUGGCUCGUGUGCCUUCAUUUACGUGUAUUAGAUUUUGAGUUUUACUUAUUUCAAUAAAAUGCUGUAAUGACUGCUUUUAAACAGUUCUACGAUAACAGGAUGAUAUUGAAACCUUUAGCCUCACAUAAUUUAGCGGUAAAAAAUUGCCUGUUAGGGAGGUAGACGACGACCGCGACCGAAUUACAAACUUAGGCUUUCUGCGCAGGAGGCCCAAGUAAUGACCGCACUGUUUGAAAAAGUUUACGUACAUGUAAUGCAAUUUACUGGUUUUU